GAGUAAGGAAAAUGGUGCAUAUGGCGAGGAACAUGAGGGUUCCACCAAACUCAGCGAGUUUGGCUGAAGCUAAGAAGAGGACCUUAGAAUUCUUCAGGAUGUGUUGCAGAUCCAUCCCUGAGAUUAUGGAAAUUUACAACUUAUACGACGUCGUUUCCCCCUUUCAACUCCGUUCUGCUGUCGCCGCCGAAGUUCGCAAAAAUUCAAACGUUACUAAUCCUAAGGUAAUUGACAUGCUGCUGUUUAAGGGCAUGGAAGAGUUGAAGAACUGUGUGGACCACUCAAAACAGAGGCACCAUCUUGUUGGGAAAUAUGUCGUAGGUAAUCAAGGUCUUGUGCAGGACCUUGGACAUAAAGAUUGGGGCAGCUCUAAUUUCCUGAAAGACUUUUACAGCAGCAACUACUUCUAGAUUGUCUUUUUGAACUUUGCUGCUACUCUUGUAUAAACACAUUUGCUAUUUAUUGGUAGUAGGUACUCUUCCGAGCUUA